AUGCGCACGUCUUCCAGUGAGAAAUGGCAGAAACUGUUCAAGUCUCGGUUCUUGAUGAUCAUCACGUCCUAUGCCAACUAUUAUUUCACAGUGUUCAUUGUGAUCCUCAUGGUUGUGUUUGGAGAUGCUAUACGAGAGGUGUAUAAAUACUCUGGGGAGGAGAAGAUGCUGGACCCCAAGACCACGCACCACGACACUCUGGAGCACAUCCAGCUGCGUCUGUUCCGCUCCCAGCGCAAUCUGUACAUUGCAGGCUUUGCCUUGUUCUUGUGGCUAGUGUUGAAGAGGUUGGUAGUUCUGAUAUCUGCGGCUGCUACCCUCACUGCUCAGAGAGAUGUGGCCUUGAAGCAGGCAGAGAACACCUCUGCUCAUGCCAAGAAACUGAUGGAAGAGGCAGAUACUAAGAAGGCCAAUAAAGACAAUGAGGAGAAGGAUGAAGAGAGAAAGAGGACCUCCAGUGCCAGUGACAAGCUAGAGGAGGAACUGAAGAGAGUGAAGGAAGAUCUGGAGAAGUCUGAGUCAGAGCUGGAGCAAUCUAAAAGGGAUUUGCAGACGUUAAAGAAGCAAGCAUCUGCCACCAACAAUGAGUAUGAUCGUCUGCUCAAAGAGCAUGCUGAACUCCAGGCUAAGUUAGAGUCAGGAGGUGAAGACAAGAAGGACCUGUAAGGGCAGUGUGACAUGGAUGUCUCUUAGUAUAUAUGACUGUUUUACAGUACUGUGGUGAAGUGAGCUGCAGUUUUAAAGGACUUACUAUUAACAGAAAACCAGCCAGGAGGGUGCAGUGAGGACCCAUAUACACACAUAUAAACUGCAUGUGUGUGUCCAUUUCUGCUUACUUGUGAAGAUUUGGCCAAUGGUCAAAACUAGUCUAAUCAAGCAAAAUAGAUAUUCAAAAUAAAAGUUUUUGUGACAAUUUUUACCCUUUUUUACCAAAAUAUUGAGGCACAUUUGCUAAAAUGAAUAUUUGUGCACUCACUGCAUCUGAUAUGGAUAAUUAGAAACUUUAUCAUGUUUAUGAACCAUUGCAUUUGUCAAAAAGGGGUUAAAAAUCAAAUAGGUAUAGGUGAAAUGGAACUCCAGAAAUUGCUUCUGUAAUAAAAGUUGCCAUUGUAAAAAUGUAUUUUAUUUAUAAAAGAAAAAGUAAUAUAAAGCUCUCUUGCCCCGUGUACAAAGGGAAACUUUCAGAAUGGGAGAAAAUGCUGCUUUCAGCUACUCAGUGCCCUGUAUCCAAGUAAAAGCUUUUGUUGUAAUUUUCAAGAGUAUUAUAUAAUGGAAAGAUGACAGAAAAGAAGCUAAGCCAGAUGUGGUCUGUGCUGGUUUCUUAUUUGCAGCUUUGAAAAAUAUCUUGAAAUCCACAAAACUACAAUAUUACACAUUUCUCAGGAGCUUGGGGUAUGCAUGUUUGUACAAGUGAAUAACUUCAUUGCAUCUUCAAGAAUAGAAAGAAAUUAGAUUCAUAGUUUUAGAUCCAUACCUCGCCUACGGACUGUGACAGUUUCAUCCCCUAUUUCUGAUGUCUUGGUCACAGUAAAAAUUGUCCCUCUUAGCUGUGAAGUGCAAGAAUAAGUGGAAAAGGUUUGAGUCUAAAAUCUUUGAAUCUAACCUGCCUAGGGUAGAAUGGAAGUGGUGAUAAAGAACAAUGGCUAUCCACAUAGCCACAGUAGGUUAAACUGGAGGUUUAUGUUACUAAGGUAUCGUAACAAUGUUACUCAUUUAUGAAAAAGGAAAAUACUGUGGUGAGAUUUUGAUGACCAGUGAUUGAAGGUAAUUAGUAUACCGAUCCUGUAGAAAGUGUGACUUAUUAAGUUCUGCCACUCACCACAUGUGAAUGAAUGUUAAAGUAAAGUUUGGUCCAUUGUGUUUUUUUUUCAUAGCUGCAUUUUAAUGUAGUUUUGCACCAAAUUUUUUGAAUAACUUGGUUGUUAAAAAUAUUUGUAUAAAGUUUGGUUCUAUAUCAAACAAAUGCUUUUAAGAAAAUGCCUUCAGAUUUUGUGCUACCUGCCUUCCAUGUUCACUUCUUCUAGGAUGGUUUGUUACAGCAGUAUGUUACAGCUGAUGUCACUUAUGUACAGGUGCUAUGUGGGAGGUUCUUGAUAUUAUAUAUUAACAACAGAAUAGUUUCUGAACACAAUCAUGGUAUAAGAUGAAUAGAAAAUGUUUCUGAAUCAUGCAUUGAUAGUUAUGCUGUAGAAAUUGACAUGCAAAAUAAACUACAUUGAAAUGGUUUCAUCAUGUAUUAAAUAAAGCCUUGCUAAAUUA